GUAGAAAUGUAGCACUAAAACAGAGGACCACACAGACCAGUAUUUUUCCGUGGAUACCGAUGUCACAGUCCAAGAAUGCUGUUGAUGGCAACAGGGACAACAUUUUCGAACAUGGCAGCUGUACACAUACAAAUUAUGAUAACAGCCCCGCAUGGGCUGUGACCUUCUCCGGGAAACUAACAGUGAACAGAUACGUGCUCUACAAUAGAGCAUUAG